CCCGCGCCUUCGCGCGCCUGCGCCCCGGGCGGAAGGUCGUCCCUGUGACCGGCCCGGCGGUUGAAGCAGUUGUCGCCAUGUUGUCGGCCGCCGCCCGCUCGGGCCCGUUCGCGCCCGUCCUGUCCGCCACGUCCCGCGGGGUGGCGGGCGCGCUGCGGCCUCUGGUGCAGGCCGCGGUGCCCGCCGCCUCGGGGCCGCCGGUGCUGGACGCGAAGCGGCCCUUCCUGUGCCGGGAGUCGCUGAGCGGCCGCGCCGCGCACCGGCCUUUGGUCGCCUCCGUGGGCCUCAACGUCCGUGCGUCUGUUCGCUGCUCCCACACAGACGUCCGAGUGCCCGACUUCUCUGACUACCGGCGCGCCGAGGUUCUGGACAGCACGAAGUCUUCCAAGGAGAGCAGCGAGGCCAGGAAGGGGUUCUCCUAUUUGGUGACCGCGACCACCACCGUGGGCGUCGCCUACGCCGCCAAGAAUGUGGUCACCCAGUUCGUGUCCAGCAUGAGCGCCUCUGCCGAUGUGCUGGCCAUGUCCAAAAUCGAGAUCAAGCUGUCCGACAUUCCGGAGGGCAAGAACAUGGCUUUCAAGUGGAGAGGCAAGCCCCUGUUUGUGCGCCACAGGACCAGGAAGGAGAUCGACCAGGAGGCUGCGGUGGAGGUGUCCCAGCUGAGGGACCCGCAGCAUGAUCUGGAGCGCGUCAAGAAGCCCGAGUGGGUCAUCCUGAUCGGCGUGUGCACCCACCUGGGCUGCGUGCCCAUCGCAAACGCAGGCGACUACGGCGGCUACUACUGCCCUUGCCACGGGUCGCACUACGACGCGUCCGGCAGGAUCAGGAAGGGGCCCGCCCCCCUCAACCUGGAAGUUCCCUCCUACGAGUUCACCAGCGACGACAUGGUGAUCGUCGGGUAGAGACUUGGACCCCAGCCACGGGCUUCCCGCAGCCUUCCUGUCGCCUCAGGAAGUCACGUGGGAAGAGCGGGCCUUCUGUACUUCACGUUGGUUGAUUUGGAAUAUUUAAGAAUUGCUAAUAAUGUAUCUGCAAACAUUAAUGCGAAGUAAAUUGAAUUUAAUGUGGAAUACUUUCAAGCGUUGAGUUAAUAAAGCCACUGUUAAGCGUUGCUAAGCUCAGUCGUGCACUCGAAAGGUGCUGUGUCUGACGGCUCGUUCUAAUUAAAAAUUACAGGCUGGUGUACACGGA